GGUUGUUUAAUCCCGCCUUGUUCAAGUCACACAGCAGUACAGCACAACCAAACAAAAACCCUAGCUCUACAUACACACUUAUAUAUAUACCCCUAUACAUACACACAGGUGUUUAGUUUUGCUCGCUUUGUGUUUCUCCACGACGAUGAAUAAAUCUGAGCCCAAGCCUUCCUCUGCUCUUGUAUUAUCUUCUCCCACCCAAUUUAAUCAAUUCUUCGUAUGGAGAGAGUUUGUUUUUGGGGCUAUUGCUGGUGCUUUUGGAGAAGGGGCGUUGCAUCCUAUUGAUACAAUUAAGACUCGUAUACAGAGUCAAGCUAUUUUUACGGGGUCGAAGAAUCAGAAGAGCAUUUUGCAGAUGGUCCGAACAGUUUGGACAUCUGAUGGAUUAAGAGGUUUUUAUAGAGGGAUUGGACCUGGUGUAACUGGAUCGCUUGCUACGGGGGCAACAUACUUUGGGGUUAUAGAGUCUACAAAGAAGUGGAUUGAAGUGUCUCAUCCUAGUCUUGAGGGUCACUGGGCACAUUUCAUUGCUGGAGCCGUCGGAGAUACACUAGGCUCUUUCGUAUAUGUUCCAUGUGAAGUCAUAAAGCAACGUAUGCAGAUUCAAGGCACAAGAAAGUAUUGGAGUUCUAUUAUGCUGAAAAACACCAACCAACUAAAACCUGGUUUCCAAAUGUAUGGUUAUUACCCUGGAAUGUUUCAGGCUGGCUGUUCAAUAUGGAAGGAACAAGGUCUUAGAGGAUUAUAUACAGGAUACUGGUCUACUCUUGCAAGGGAUGUGCCAUUUGCUGGUUUGAUGGUCACAUUUUAUGAGGCUCUAAAAGAUUUAUCUGAUUUUGGGAAGCGAAACUUUUUUAGCCACUCAAACUACAAUGUCAAUAGCUCAGUGGAAGGGCUGUUAUUGGGAGGAUUAGCUGGUGGGUUUGCUGCAUAUCUAACAACUCCCUUGGAUGUUAUAAAGACUAGGUUGCAAGUACAGGGAACAGCUACAAGGUACAGCGGCUGGUUGGAUGCGGUUUACAGGAUAUGGUUGGCUGAAGGUGCCAAGGGAAUGUUUAGAGGUAGCAUCCCCAGAAUCUCCUGGUAUAUACCGGCAUCUGCUCUUACAUUCAUGACGGUGGAAUUUCUAAGAGAGAAUUUCGGGCAAAAGUUAAAUGACAAUAGCAAUUUUAAAGAAAUCUCAAGCAUAUCUAUUGAGAAGAAAGAAUUCCAAGAAGCGUCUUAAGAGUCUCGUCUGAGAGAUACUAAUCUUCUGCUCACUUUAUAUAUAGGACAUUUUAGCAUAUUAAAUCUGUUUUACUAAUUAUAUCCCUUACUCUUGGAGGGAAGCCUCGGCAACAAGGAAAAGAAAUUGUGAACCUUUAAUUGCUUGAUACUAACUUGUGUACAGCAGAAAGAAGAAAAUUUUGCAGCAAUUUCAUUACCUUGAAAA